AUGUCGAGCUUCAAAACAUCUUCAUCGCCAGCGCGUAACGACGUCGAUACUGAUCCAACUUCCAGAAGGAAAAUGUCCACCGACCUCAGCAGGCUCAAAAACUUCCCAUCAGCCCUCUCGCUCCGCAAGCAAGACCCGGAUACAUCGCCACAUCCCGAUGCGAUCCAAUCUAGCGGCUCCUUUUCUCGCUUCAGGCCAUUCUCCUCAGCGCAACGUCCAUCCCUCGGCUCCCUCGGCUCCGACAAAGAUGACAACUCCACAGACGUUAGGUCAUCCAGAAGGGCUUCUCGCUUGUUGGAUGCCUUCAAACCAUCCAAGAAGCCUGCACCAUCGUUCGAGGUGAUUCGCAAACCCACAAAUCGUAGCACAACCUCGUUCCAAUCUACCGUUCACCAUCCAUCUCCCGAUCUCGAACUUUACGAUCCAGCUCGCCAUCCGUCGGCGCACGCCACAGUCGAUGUCCCCCAGCCAGCGCCUCGGAUAUCCUUGUCCGCACCUCGAUCGCAAAACUCGCUCAACGCUGCUGCCUCCACCGCCGCUGCCUCUUCCCCUUUGACGCCCAACGCGCUCACUUCUCGGCCGCCCUAUCCGCCAAGCACUGCGAAAACUCGAAAAUCCAGCACCACCAAUUCCAUCAUAGCCACCAAUCGCAGGACCUCAGAUCCCUACCUCAACCUCGGCUCUGCCUCCAACUCUCGCGCGCAUUCGCCUUCUCCCAACCCCAACACGGAUAUCACCAACGGAAGCUUCAGUCUACAUUCCUUCCGCAAUGUUCGCUCCACCAGCGACGUUUCCACAGCUGAAGAGUCUGGCCCGCAGACCCAUUCCAGAGUACAGAGCAUGAUCUCGGUCGACGAAUACGUCACGCCAGGCGAAGAGCUCCCCGAGCCACGCUUCCCCGAUGACAGCAUCAGCGCCUUCAACGCACACGACGCCGCUCGAGCCCAGUCCACCAGCCCUGCCCCAAGCGUCAAGCCAGCCAGCAUUUCAGCCGCCAAAUUCCGCCAAGCCUCGAGACAUCGCAGCGAGAGCGGUACAGUACCCACCAUCGAUACCAUCCAAGCCGGCUCGAGCUUUGUCAGACCUCCAAGAUCCAGGACGCCUUCGCAAGACUUGGCCGCAAUGGAGGCUGUGCUUGCCCAAACCCAUCCAAACACUUUUCGCACCGCUGAGGCAGAUCGACGCAAAAGUACAGACUUGACCCAACUGACAGCAGCGCCGUCCGCUUUCCUACCCAACACCAACACCAAUGAGGACUCGCAACGCCGCAAACGCGGCUUUUUCAUCGUCGUCGAAGGCCUUGACCGAGCGGGCAAGAGCACCCAGGUCGAGAGGCUCGCUGCACAUCUGCAAGCCAAAGCCGUCAAGUUCCCAGAGAGAACAACAGCCAUCGGCCAAAUGAUCAACUCCUACCUCGCUCAGACCAGCGACCUCGACGACCAGGCUAUCCAUCUGCUUUUCUCUGCCAAUCGAUGGGAAUGCGUCGCCUCCCUUCACAGGACGCUCGAAGCGGGCGAGAGCAUCGUCUGUGAUCGUUACGCCUUUUCGGGUAUCGCUUACUCAGUCGCCAAAGGCCUUUCAUACGAUUGGUGUCGCAAUCCAGACGUAGGCCUUCCUUUGCCAGACCUGACCCUUUUCCUCGACCUCGAUGCAAACGCGGCUGCAGCCAGAGGCGGCUAUGGCGAGGAGAGGUACGAGAAACUCGACUUCCAGGCCAAAGUGCGCGAAGCAUUCACUCGCGUCUCCCAGGAUGUCAGGACACAUGGAGGCAGAUGGGUCACGAUUGAUGCGAGCAAGACGCUAGAUCAGGUCACCGACGACAUGCAAAAGGCGGUGCACAGGGUGACAUCGUCCAUCGAUCGAGUGGGAGCCAAGCUCGGAAAGUUGUUUGUGAUGGAACGCCCGCCCAACGUACAUGCUGCAUCCAGCAACGAGCUGCUUCCGCCAUCAGUGAUCCCCAACAUCAAACGCUCCUCCAUGUCUUCGGAGAAUUCAGGGAGGAAGCGACCGUCCCUCGAUCACCCUCGCAUUACUACGCCCAACGGAGGCUUUCCUGCGUCGCGGCCAUCGGGCUCACCGCUGACGUACACCGAACAGCUUGCGGCAGUGCGAGCUGCAGCUGCCGGAACUCUCUCCGGUCUUUUGGGAGGCUCGAGCACCAACGUCGACCAGCAAAGUCCCUCCGUAAACGAAGAGAGACCGCUGCCCGAUGCUGACGGUCCAUCGCCGAUCAACGCUACGCGCGGACAGGGAUUCGACUCUGCUCGAGUGCUGGCUAAUCGCACCGAUGGGUCUGGUCGAAGACGCACGCUGAUCGACGUGAUUGGAGAACUUGAAGGUCAAGCACAGCGACCUCCGACGUGGCCUGAACACCACCGUUCUCUCUCUGCAGCUGCCGAACCCACAUCGCCGACGUUACUGUCGCAUACAGAGGGCUUGCCAAGUAGCUUUGCCCAUGCCGGCCGCGCGCGACGCAGCACUGAUCAGGGACCGGUGUCUCAGCCAGUGACGACUGGUAGUGGCGCACUAACCACUGUAGCACAUCAGGGCAACACUUUGACCGCUCAAGGCGGUGCAGCGAACACCGACGGAGCAGCGCCAACAGCUGCAGCUGAUGGCGAGAAGCCUCUGGCUUCACCUUCGGAUUUGCGAGCUUGUUCGUUCUCCUCGGCAGGCAACACAGCCGGUGCGGACGCUUCACUUGUUCCUCGCGCUUCCACCCUGUCUCCCACAGCACGUACCGCCUCGCCAGCGAUCACAACGUCUUCGCGCAGCUCUGUUGCUAGCCCACCCCCACCCACCUCAUCCACCUCUCCGAUCCAGCGACCGGCAAGCACACAUCUCGGUGGAUACUCGCAUGUCGCCGCGAGCUCAGACUCGAAUCUGCUCAGCUCGCACCGCCUCUCGAUGCUCAACAGUCAAUUAUCGCAGGCGGAGCUGCAGGAGCAGUACAUGCGCAACUACAUGGCCAUGAUGGCGAACCCGAUGAUGGCGCAGCAGGCUCAGUACCAGCUGAUGCUGCAGCGGCAUCAGCAGCAGUACUAUGGACGUGCGUCGAGUGCUAUUGGUGGUGCAGCUUUCAACACAAGUGGAAACGGGAGCAAUUUGGGCGCAGGUGCCAAUGGCAAUGGUGUGCAGAGUGCGAGUGGGCCACCGUUGGCAGCGUUUAUGCAGCCGACGAUGGGGAUGCCGCAGUCAACAGAGGCGAUCAGCAAGUCGACCAACGGUCAGCGCAAGGCGCAUUCCAGAACGCAGUCGUCAGGAUCGCUUUAUGAAAACAACGUUCAUGCUUCGGCGACGAGUGCAUCGACGUCACAACCUAUGCUGUCAAUGAUGAUGGCUCCACCGCCCCCAACCAACACCGCAAACACUGUGCCGACUGCAGCGUCGUUUUACCCGGCACAUGCGCAAGCGUUUUAUGCCCAGCCCAUGUUUUAUCCCAACGGUACUGGAGGGCAGUUGCAUCCAUUGCCGCACAUGAUGGGCAGUGCAGCAUGGGCUCAGCAGCAGCAGAUGGCGGGUGGAUAUACCACCGGACCGACGUAUCCCUCGACUAGGUCGGAAAUCGCUACAACCACCGUUUUGCGAUCGCAACGCAGCCGCGACAAGGGUUCAAGGGGUCAGUAG